UUACAGGAGCGGCUGGCGUGCCCGAGUCAGUUCCAUGAGCCGACCAGACACAGAGGCUGAGGCUGCGACGCUGGAGACUGGAGCCGUGAGGAUGGCUCACCUGCUAGGCAGCCAGGCCUGCAUGGACAGCCUGCGCAAGGACCUCACCGACCUGCAGGGCACCAUCGUAGAUGUCUUUUCCCGUGCCGGACCCAUGCGCUUUCUCUCCUGGAAGUUUCCUGACCGCGUGGCCUGUGACCUGGACAUGGUGGCCUUGCUAGAGCACUAUGACCACGUGCCAGGUGACCCUGAGUUCACACAGCUGUCCCAUGCUGUGCUGUUGGAACUUGUCAUCGACAGGCUCCUGCUGCUACUUCAGAGCUGUGGGAGCUACUUGGAGAACUUUGGUUCGGAGCAGACAGUGCCCCCUGCCCGGGCUGCAGGAAUCUGCAUGUCUGUGGGGCUCACAGUACAGCGCUUCUGGAAUAGUCUGCUGAAGCUGAGCAUGCUCUACCAGCAGGCUUCCUGCCAGAAAAGGGCAACCCAAGGGAAGACCCCCACCUCCAAGCCCACAGCCAAGGGCGAGCCAUCCAGGAGCCCUGAAUUUCUGACUGCCAAGUUCAUCAAGCCCCGCUCCCCAAUGCCAGGCUUGUCCCAGCCCUGCCAAGAGCUGGACAGCCUCCCCAUCAUAGUCUCCCUGCAGUCUCCAGCCAGGACCACUGAGGAUACCAGGAGUACCCAUUCCCAGACUGUGGAGACGGCCCUGGUGCCCUGUGAUGCAUGCACCAGUGUCCAGGGCAGCCUGCGGGAGGUAGGCAAGGUGGUCAUUAGUCUGUGUCAGAGCCAGAACUUGCCCUCAUCCUUGGACCAGUUCCAGCAGCUGGUGCAGGACAGCAUGGGGCUCAGGCCACUGCCAGCUGCCGCUGUGGGCCACUGGGCAGCAGAGCAGAGCAAAGACCUGACGCGCCUCAGUAAGCAUGUGGGGGCCCUCAAUCAGCUCGUCGGGCCCCUCAGGGCCCAGCUGGAGGAGGCUGAGGGGCAGAAGGAUUCACUGAGGAAGCAGGUGAGCGAGCUGGAGCAGACACUGCAGCAGGAGCAGGGGGAGCGACAGCGGCAGGCGGAUGAGACCCAACAGCUCCUGGCCACAUGGGAGCAUGACAAGCAGCAGCUGCUCGCAGAAACCAGUGACCUCAAGAUGAAGGUGGCCACCCUGGAGAGGGAGCUGAAGCAGCAGCAGGAGACCACGAAGGCCGUGGAGACAAAGGCCCAGCAGCUGCAAGAGGAGGCUGAGCGCAGGGCAGAGGCCGAGAGGCAGGUGCAGCAGCUAGAGGAGCAGGUGCAGCUGCUGGCUGGGCGGCUGGACGGGGCCAACCAACAGAUCUGCUGGGCCAACACAGAGCUGGACAAGGAGAAGGCCCGCAUUGACAGCAUGGUCCGCCAUCAGGAGUCCCUGCAGGCCAAACAGCGAGCCCUGCUACAGCAGCUGGACAGCCUGGACCAGGAGCGCGAGGAGCUUCGGGGCAGUCUGGACGAGGCCGAGGCCCAGCGGGCCCAUGUGGAGGAGCAGCUGCAGAGUGUGCAGAGUGAGAGGGAGCAGGGGCAGUGCCAGCUCCGGGCCCAGCAGGAGCUGCUGCAGAGCCUGCAGGGGGAGAAGCAAGGCCUGGAGCAGGCGAUGACAGAUCUGCAGUUGACCAUCUCGGAGCUGGAACUGGAGCUCGUGGAGCUGAAGGAGCAGGAGCGGCUGCUGGUGACCUUCCCAGACCUGCAUAGACCUGUCGAGGCCCAGGUCCAAAGUAAGGGCCCUGGAGGCAGGCCUGGUGCGGUGAGGUGCCAAAUAGUGUGUCCCACAGCCUCCGGCAAUGUCACGGAUGACAUGGAGAGGCAGGUGCAGGCCAACAACAUCCGCAUCCGGGUCCUGCAGGAGGAGAAUGGGCGGCUCCAGUCGAUGUUGUCCAAAAUUCGGGAGGCAGCCCAGCAGGGGGGCCUCAAGCUGAUCCCGCAGGACCAGCUCUGGGCCCUUCCCAGCCAGGGAAUCCAGGGAGCAGUGCCCCCAGCCCAGGCCCAGAGAGCAUCCCCAGGGCCUCUGGGUAGGCAGCACCUACCUGGCAGCAGGAUGGCCAGUGCAGGCAGGACCCUGCCUGGCCAGCCCCGGGCAUCCCCACCUCAGCAGCCCUGUGGCCGGAUCAGCAAGUCCUCCCUAGAGGAUGUGACCCACGCGACUGCCUGUGCCCAGAACCCCAUCCGGGCUUUGGCUAGGCUGAGGAGAAGACUGUCACCAAGCCAGGGCCCGGCCGGCCCUAUGCACCAGCCCCACGGGCGGCCCAUGUAGCCUAUAGUGGGAUGUGGCUGGAGGGCAGGUGGCUGGCAACCCACCCAAUGUAAUAAAGCCCUGGCCAUCUACCCACAGCGACCUUGGCCUCAGCACUGAGCCAGGGACAGAGUCCUUCCUUCCCUAUCCUGGGCAGGGACCACCGAGUCCCCAGCCAUGCAGGCCAUACACCAGCAGAGGCCUGGCACCUGGUGGAUCCUCAGUAAACGGGAGCUUCCUGACAGGGGCAAUGGGAACAGAGGGCACACCGAGGACAGAAAGCAGCUUCUAACACCUGGGCCAGGUGAAAGGCAGUCUUUCAAUCCCCAUGGCAGGGCCAAAGGGUAGCAUGGACUCAGUGACCCCCCCCCCCACCAAUAAAGGGCAAUGUCAAUGUAGGGGGUGUGCAGCGGAAGGAGGGCAGCUCAAGGUGGGCCCAGUGAGGAUAUCUAAGGCAAGAAAGGAGUCAGAGACUGGGGUUCUGGCUCUGGGCUCUUGGAGACAGGCAGAGACAGCAAUGCCGUCCCCAGCCCCGGGUCCAAACCUGGGGCCUCCCACCCUGGCUCUGAACCUGGGGAUGGGGACAUGAAGGACCCAAAAAGGCAGCUUUCCUUUCCCUGAGGAACUCUUCACUUUCAGGAAAUGUGAGUCACAAAGGAUUUCUCUAAAUCCAGGUCAGAUCCCCAGGAGGCCACUGAAGGCAGGGCAAGGCCUCACCCAACCAGAGGGUGGGACGCCCCAGCCAGCCUUGGCUUCCCCAGGCCUAUUCCUUGGGGCCCAGGCCCUGAUGCCACCAGCCACACCAGACCCAUAGCAGUCCAGUUAUCCUCACAAGGCUCCAGCUUGCCCUGAGUCACCUUGUCUGUGAGGGACGGGCCCUAAGACCUUGCUGAGGACUUCUCAGGGUGGGCGCUCCUAGCUUCCCAUGACAUUUUAUCCUGGUGAGGCCAGCAGGUAGUGUGUCCCAGUUUAGAGAGAAGGGUCAAGAGGGGCCAGGUAUCAGCUGAACUGGCAUGGCCAGGGUCUGCCCAACUCUUGCUCCUGUGGAGCCCAGAGUUUCCUGAGGAAGGCUGGGAUGCGCUGGCCCCGCCCCUCUCAGGUGAGAGCCAGCCGUGAGGCUGGGGUUCCCUGAGGCAGGAGGCCUGGGCCCAAGUGCAGGAGAAGGACCCAUCACAGCUCAGCUCCUCUCUGCAUCCAUUCAUUAGUUCAUAGUUAGGUCAGAAGUCCAGGCCCCGUGUGGCUGGAUUCUCUGCUCGGGGUCUUAGAAGGCUGAAAUCAAAGUAUCUGCCAGGUUGCAUUUUGUUCUGAUGGCUCUGGGGAAGAACCCAGGCUCAUUUGGUUGUUGGCAGGAUUCUGAUUCUUGCUGCUGUAGGUUGAGGUCUGUAUCCUUGCUGGUCACUCUUAGUUCUUAGAGACUGUCCGCCUUCCUUACCACCUCCAUCUUUAAGUCAGCAACAAAGAAUUUCUCAUGUGGCUAGGUUAGGUCCACCUGGAUACUUUUCUCUCUCAAAGUCCACUGUGCCAUAUAAUAUAACCUAAUCACGGGAGUCAAAUCCAUUAGAGUCACAGUUCCAGUAUUAUACAAGGCAUGUUUAUGGGGUCUGGGGGAAAUCUUGGGGGUCGUUGUAGAAUCCACUUCCCACAGGCAGUAGAGACCAAGGUGACUUUUUUGUUGUUUUUGUUUAAAGAUUUUUGGGGGGAAUUGGGGAAGGGGAACAGCCAAGUUG